GUGACGUAAACACAUUUCCAAAGAUGGCGGCGUUGGUGGUGCCUCGCCUGGCCCUUUGUGGCAAUUAUUGUGCAAGACCCGUUUCAUCAGUGGUUUUCCAGCAGAAGAGUCUGCACAGCACCACUAAAAGCGAGAACACCACCACAAGUGUGGUUCCCGUCCGAGAGAAGAGCACGGCGGUAGCGGCUGCCAUGCCAUCAUCCGUAGCCAGCAGCAAGGGCGAGUAUGUCAUCACCAAACUGGAUGACCUAAUUAACUGGGCACGCAGGAGCUCUCUGUGGCCUAUGACCUUUGGCUUGGCGUGCUGUGCGGUGGAGAUGAUGCACAUGGCGGCGCCCCGUUACGACAUGGACCGCUUCGGCGUGGUGUUCAGAGCCAGUCCCCGACAGGCGGAUGUCAUGAUUGUGGCUGGGACGCUGACCAACAAAAUGGCUCCAGCCUUGAGAAAGGUGUACGACCAGAUGCCUGAGCCAAGAUACGUCAUUUCCAUGGGCAGCUGUGCCAAUGGAGGAGGCUACUAUCACUACUCUUACGCUGUCGUCAGAGGCUGUGACCGAAUUGUACCAGUGGACAUUUAUGUUCCAGGGUGCCCCCCCACCGCAGAGGCUCUCCUCUACGGAACAUUACAGUUGCAGAAGAAGAUCAAACGUGAGAAGAAGUUGGCAAUCUGGUAUCGGAAGUGAAUGGGCAUUAUAUAGACUGUGUGUGUGUGUAUACCUGGGCUUUAAAUGUUGAGGCUUUUCUCUUCCUCAAUGUAGAGCUGCAACAAAUCUGAAUAAAGUCAAUGUUAUUUAAAAUUA